AUUUCUUCACUCUUGCAUAAUGAAAUCAACAUGGGCAUAUGCACCUCAUGCUACUCCGGCAACUCCAACGCCGUCACCGUCAAACUCAUCCUUUUAGACGGCCAACUUAGAGAAUACUCAUCGCCGGUGAAGGUGUUCCUGGUGGCACCACCGUUAGCCGAUGAUUUCAGCUCAUUUAUUUGCAACGCCGAUGAGAUAGACUUUGAUAAAUAUGUAACCGCCAUGAGAGGGGAGGAGGAGCUUCGUCCCGGUCAACUCUACUUUCAGCUGCCGGAAAGUUGGUUUAAACGGCGGUUGAUGGCGGAGGAUAUGGCUUCGCUUGCGGCCAAAGCUGGUAAGGCGCUUAUGGGUAACGGUGGUGGUAAGGUGAGAUGUGGGUGUUGUGUUAAACGGGUUGAUCCCUUGGUGUUUUGUGAUGAUGAUGAUGAGAUGAUGUCAUCAAGAUCAACUGGUAGUGGUGAUGAUGUCGGAAACCACCGUGGCGGUGGUGGUAAAGGGCGGAUGUUUACGAUGCUUGAAAGGAUUGUAGAGUGAGUGAGGGUAGUUUAGUAACUUACUGUAUGGAUAAAUAUUGUUUUAUUUUUUAUAAUAAAAUGUAUUAAGGCAUUGACGCGUGUAGAAACACAAUUUAUUGAACCCUUUUAAAUAAUAUAAAGUUUCUUCAUAUGA